ACGGCGUUUUCCGGCCACGGGUGCUGCCGCCCGGGGGGCUCUGCAAGGCCGAAUCCACCUCAGGCAUCCUCCUUCUGGACCCACCCAAUCGUCCUUAGGGAUCAUUCUGCUUCCGGUCCUGCGCCACAGCGAGUUCCGUUUGUCCACAUUUUAUCCAGAUUGGCUAAAUAGUGUGAAGCCACGUUCUAAGGGAUCGGGAUUUUGAGGUGGACAGAGUGGGCCGCGUAGUGACGGGGCCGCUGGAUUUUGGGCAGCAAGGCUAGGAACUAGCUCAGAGGAACGUGCGGGGACCCCCUCGGUCGAUUUCUAGCGCGUUUGGUUCUCCACGGGCUGGAACCCAACGCUGCUCUUUGGUGGUCUCUGCCUUUGGAGCGUUUGCACGCUGUACACUUCCGGUCCCGCCAUGUCUGAGGAAAGCCAGCGCUGUGGUGAACGCGGAGACCAGCCUGACCCGAGCCAGGAGGACGGUGCUGGGGACACAAAGAAGAAAGCAGAAGUAAAUCAGGAUCUCACUUCCACCGUGCAAAGUCCAUCAGAAUCGUCUGUGAUCCAACCUACGACUCCACAGGCCUGUGUGGAUCCACCAUCUCCCCAUACGGAUAGUUCACCAAAACAACCUACGAGUGCAACACUUAAAGACAAAUUAAAGAAAACAAGAUUGUCAUUUAAUUCCUGUUGCAGUGUGAUAAAACGUCUUAAAGUAGAGAAGGAAGAAAAUGACCAGACUGUUUCAGAGAAACCAGCAUCUUCAAAAGAAGAAAACUCUUCAGAAUCUCAAGAAAGUUCUAAAAACAAAGGCAGUGAAUCUGAAGAAAAUGCACAUUCGAAAAAUACCAAGAAUAUCAGUGCAUGUAAAUCUGAGUCACUUGAUUUUGUGAUUGAGAAUCCUAAACAAGAGUUAAACGAAGAAAAAGCAGAAUUGAUGAAGCAGGUUCAGGACAAAGAAGAGCUUCUUCGGAGGCUAAAACUAGUCAAAAUGUAUAGGUCAAAGAAUAACCUGUCUCAGUUAGAGUUGUUAAUAUCGAAGUGGAGAAACUGUAGCCAGCUGUUGCUUUAUGAGCUUCAGUCACUUAUGUCGGAAGAUAACAAGAAACUAAGCCUUACUCAAUUGAUAGACCACUAUGGGCUGGAUGAUCAAUUGCUGCAUUAUAACAGACGUGAAGAAGAAUUUACAGGUGUUUAAUUUGUAAUUUUUUUCUUGAGAAAUAUCUUUGAGAAUGACAACUCAAUGACAAGAUACUUGCACAUUUUAAAGGGGAGAUAUGCACAUUAGGGCUUAGAGGAAGGUGUCUUGACAUCAGUUUAGGGCACUCAUACAUUUUAAGUUCUAAAAUUUAGUGUUUUGGAUAGAUUUGGUAAAGAAAACUUGACAUUAAAAAAUAAAAUUAAAGUCAUUUAAGAGUAAUUUGGAUAGUUCUGGAACCCAGUUUUAGUAUAUCUUUUGCUUUUUGUAGCAGAAAGUUUUAUUUUCAGUGUUAAAAAAUAGUUCCAUCUAGAUGGGAACCCCUGAGGACUUGUGUUAUUCUAGUGCCUACCAGCCAGCCUCCAUCAAUCACUACUGCUUUGGGGGGUGGGAGGUGGGGGGUGGAAAGGCAGGCAGUAGCAGCAAAAUGUGGCAGGGGAAUCAUGAUGCUCCUGGUGGUAGUGUUGAUGGGUGGUUUUUUGUUUUUUAAUUUUUUCUUUUUAGAUAUUCGUGAAGUACAGUGUAUUUUGACAUAUACAUAUAUGGAGUAUAACUUAUUGUAAUUAGAUCCCAUUCUUGUAGUUGAACAUUAUGUGGAGUUAAACUAGUUGUGUAUUCAUAUAUGAACAUAGGAAAGUUAUGUCCAAUUUAUUCUACAUGUUGGUGGUUUAAAAGUGCCUUUCCCUCUCUAGGUUUAUGAAUCUUGUUUCCAUUCAUUUGCCAUAUUUUUUCUUCUGCUGAUCUAAUAGGGUUAUUAAACUUUUUAUGUCCAAAAUUA